AAAGAUAAUUUAUCUUCCUAAUUUCUUAAUGUUCUGGUAGCCUCUCAAACCUUUUCGCACCCCUUUCUCUUCUUCUUACUCUUUGCAACAUCGCCUUCCUAAUCAUCAUCCCGCCGCUUUAGUGUUUCUCGGUCCUCUGCCUCCUCUAACUGGCUCUCCUUACACCGACACAUGCACACUACCCAAGAAACAACCUCUGUUAAUUCCGAUUACAUUUCAGAUUUAGGUGAACGGCCAAGAUCUGUACAAAAACAAUAUUAGUUUGCAAUAUGAGAUGUUAGCAAGCAUGUCGAUGCUGUACAUCUCAAUAACUGGGGAUAGGUAUUGUUUAUUAUCAGUGAUUGAGAUGUUAAAAACGGUGUCAACCCGAAAGAAUUUCAGAUUUAGGUUGAGUCUUCACAUCAGAAGAAGUGACUAAUGAAGGAGUAUAGAGCUUCAACUUGCAAGUAUGAGCAGCCAGUUGGAGACACUGUGCAACCGCCCAUGUAGACCAAUAAGAGUCCUUGAAAAUACCCAUCAACUGUUCACACCUCUCAAACACUCCAAUUGCAACGGCGGAAUAAGACAGAGGGAAAAAGGAUGCAAUAUAACACAAUAACCCAAUAACGCAUAACGCAAUAAGCCAAAAAAAAAAGCAACGCAAGCAGAUAGCGAUGGAUUUCGGCGGGAACACUGUUUCCUGGAAUUCUUUUGCUUUUAGAUUAAGGUAGAUAUUGAUCAAUGUGUGGAAUUCCUUUGUGGCUUUGUUCUCUAGAUUCCAUGACCUUACUACAUAAUGCUUAUUAACAGUCAUGUAACUGUUUGAUCGCUCUCUAUUUCUCAGUGUUGCUUUUGUUUCUUUGUCUCUAUCUUUUAGUCAUACAAACCCUUGCUGGAUAUUACAUGUGGAUGUUGCUGUUUAACUCCACGAUGCCCAAUUUUACAAGUAUGUGCAAGAAUGAGUUUGAAACCCCUGGAGUUCGUUUUAUCAUUUUCUAACCCUUAAUUGCUUAAUGUAAAUAGCCAAACCUAGGGGUGGGCAAAGUGGUUCGGUUUGACCGAACCGAACCGAAAAAUUGAGGUUUGGUUCGGUUUGGUUUAGCCUAGCCAAACCGUUUGGUACUAAUAUUUUCGGUUUGGUUCAGUUUAUAAACCGUAAAACCGUAUAACCCGAUCGGUUUACUAAUCUAAAAAUUCAAGAAUAUGUUUCUGCGCCUCGACUUCAAACUCACUCACCAGCUACAAAGUCACAAACUCUCUAUCAUUAUACCGAUUGCCCUAGUUAGCCAAACCUUUUCAAAGCUGCGCGGCUGCGCCUUCAGCUUCGAAUUAAAGCUGCGCACAAGUGAACCUUGGAAGCUUGAAAUAUUGGGUUGCCAGUGACAUAGUGCUCGGUUUUCAAUGAAGGGAUGGUGGACAUCAGAGACAGAACUGAGGAUUUUAAAGACGCUGUCCACCGAUCAGCAGUGUCUCUGGUGUAUGAUGAGACAAGAAUAGCAGCUAUAUUAGCUUCAUUUAUAAUGCGCAAACCGCGACAAAGAUCACCUUUCAUCAAAGCUGCACUGAAGACGGUAGAUACAUUGGAGUCCUCGAAGACUUCUUGUUAAAACAUAAGAAGGAUUAUGUGGAUUUGUACCGCACAACUGAACAAGAGAGAGAUAGCAUUGAAAAUGAAGUAACUUUUUUCAUAAAAUCUUGCAAAGAGCAAAUAGAUCUUCUAAAAACCAGUAUAAAUCAAGUAGAAGAUGCAAAGUCAAAGGGUUGGAUUGGAUCUGUGAAUGCGGAUACAGUUUCACAUAAACAUGGAGUGGUUUUGAUUUUAUGCGAAAAGCUUCACUCCGUCUCUUCGCAAUUUGACCAACUCAGAGCCAUACACUAUCAAAAUGUUAUAAACCGUAGAGCACUGAGAAGGAAACCUAGAAAGGCCGGCAAAACCAGUGCAACAGAGAUAUCCACACCCUCUUACUUAGAAGAACAAAUUAAGCAAAGUGAUGUUCAGACCAUGGAGCCCAACGAACUACGAUCAGAUCCUGUCAGAGUUCAAGAACAAUUUUUAGAUGAUGAAACACGGGCUCUUCAGGCAGAGUUGAGUGGCCUUUUGGAUGCUGUUCAAGAAAUUGAAACCAAGAUGGUGGAAAUGUCUGCCUUGAACCAUCUAAUGUCCACACAUGUUCUUCAACAGGCCCAACAGAUUGAGUAUUUGUAUGACCAGGCAGUUGAAGCUACAAUGAAUGUAGAGCUUGGUAACAAGGAGUUAACAAAAGCCAUUCAACGCAAUAGCAGUAGCCGGACUUUUCUUCUGCUCUUUCUGUUUGUACUAACCUUUUCAAUUCUUUUCCUUGAUUGGUAUAAUUAGUUGGGUUACUCAUAUAUUAAUUCUUAUGUAAGGUUAUAUUCCCUUAUUUUAAAUUGCUUUUAGUAAUUGUAUUCAUUUCUAGCAUCUUUGUGUUUGGGGCUUAAAAAACAAAUGCGUGUUUUUUAAUUAUGCACAUCUUUUGCAAUAAUGGAGUUCAGUUGCAGUAACAAAAUAUGUUUCCUACUCUGGAAAAGCACCGAACAAGAAAAAAUGCAUGUUCUUCUAUUAUAUAUGUACUUUCCAAUGUUUGGUUCUGCUUUGACACAAAUGAGUUUCUGCUUUUCCAUGCAACUAGUGAGAAUGGAAAUGUGAUCAAAGGGGUUAUUCUCUGUGACAAAGAUAUUCCGGGAGCAGAGUAGCAUAAAAGUUUUCCUCCAGCUUAGGCGGUGACUGUCCUACCACUCUUGAGGUUGGUGCUUCUAUCCUGUUCUUGUGCAAGUCUGUCUCUCAACUUUGUUGCAAACUCUUCCCAGGGUAAUUUCCCCUUGUCCAUUUCCUCCAAAAGCUUAACGAUUUUUUCCUGCAAAACAAUACGGAGUAUCAGAUAUCUCAGACAAAUUGGAAGACUUUAUCAAGAGAGAAAGCGCUUCAUUUGGGAGAGACCUCAACGUGGUUCAUAUGCAGAGGGGUAGAUGUGAGUUUAGAAUAGUAGUGUGUCCAUUAAAAAAUGUUUCGGGAAAAUAAUGGUGUUUAAAAAAUGCUCUGAUUUCCAGAGCAUUACAGAGUGCAUAAAAAUGUUUUUUGUAUACAAAAUGUAUUUAAAAAACCAGCACACAAAUAGAAAUGCGAUAUUUUUUUUUUGUAGUACUCCCUCCAUCCCGAUGAGAUUGUCUCAUCUUUCCUUUUCAGUUUAAAAUAGUUUUAAGUUUAUAUAUAUGUUAUUACUCUGUAUAAUUUAUAAACAUAUAACAAUUCUCCCUUCUACUCUUAAUAAAGUGGACUUUGAGCGAGCACGGAAAUGAAAAAGAAAAUCAAAAUUGUGGGAUUGAUAUUUAUGUGGAAGAGAAAAAAUAUAUGAAUAACAUUUUAGUUUCCUUAAAAGGACUAGAACAGGUAACAUGGAGUGAAUCACAUUAUAUUGGCAAUUUUUCUUUUAUUGUAAUUGACUAAUUGUAAAAUAAGGACUAGAACAGGUAGUAUGGAGUGAAACAGGUCACGAUGUACUUGAUUGUAACCUCACUUUUUUCAAAACGGGUCAUAAUUCAUAAAUACUGCAGAAUCCUCGUAAAUAGUUAGUAGUAUAAAACAUUAUAUCGACAAGAACCAUUAUUUAUUAUUGGCCCUUAUCUUGCUUGAAUCCUCCGAUCCCCUCAACCUCUGAAACGAAGUGCAAAGAUUCAUGGCUACAGAUGAAGAUAAGGUGGUUCUACUGUGUACAACAGUGAGCAUGUUCGCGAUGAGAGUAAAAAUGGCUCUGUCUCUGAAACAUGUCCACUACCAAUCCAAGAUAGAGGACUUGAGGAAUAAAAGUUCACUUUUGCUAGAGAUGAACCCGGUUCACAAAAAGAUCCCGGUCCUAAUUCACAAUGGAAAGCCGAUCUGCGAGUCCCUCAUCAUUCUUGAGUACGUUGACGAGGUCUGGAGUGAAAAGUCUCCAUUGUUGCCUUCUGAUCCAUACAGGAGAGCUCAAGCCAGGUUCUGGGCUGAUUUUAUUGACAAGAAGAUCUAUGAGAGCUUGAAGGCAUGGUUGUUCAAAACGAAAGAUGAAAAAGCCAUUAAAGAGGAACUAGUAGACAGCCUGAAGGUGUUGGAAGGGGAGCUAGGAGAUGAGCCUUAUUUUGGAGGGAGGGAGAGCAUUGGGUUCUUGGACUUAGUUUUGGUGUCAUACUAUACAUGGCUUCUGGCUUUUGAGAACGAUUUAAAGCUCAACAUGGAGAGCGAGUGUCCAAAGAUGUUAGAAUGGGGCAAAAGGUGCCUGCAAAAUAAGGCCAUCUCCAACAACCUCGCAGACCCUUUGGAAAUUUAUGAGUUUGUUCUGAAGAUGAGGAAUAUGAGCGGCCUUGCUUGAUUUGAGACAAAAUCACACAUGCCUGCAAUCAAAUAAUAUUGACAAAUAACCCUUUAAAUAUGCCAACAAUUUCAAAAAUAAAUUUCUAGCUAGUUGAAAUUGAUCCUGGGCUGGAAGUCUGCAUUUUGCAAAUAUCAAGCCUCUAUGUAAACAAUCAUGGGAAAUAACUCAGAUUGACGGAGUCCUGGGGAAUCGCUCCAUAGAUGAUAACAUGCGUAAUUGCGUAUUUGCUAUUUAAUUCAAAUAAGGGCAUUUGUGUACUUUUACAAACUAAGGAGUAUUAAAUCAAAAUUCACUUUUUC